GUCGUCGAGUUUCAUCGUCCUGGUGCGGUCCUCGGAGGCAUCUGGCCGCUGGCAAGCUACGCAGUGCUCAAGUCGCAGCGCCUGCGCGCUGCGAGGCGCUCGGCUCGGCCGAAAGUGAUCCGUUGCACGGCGUACAUUGCUGUGGUCACAAGGCCCAUAUCCGGACAAACGCGGCCCAGACAGGGCCAUCCGUGCCCAGGAACGCGCCGCGAGCCACCCGUGCCCAGGCGGAGCCACACGUGCGAAACCUAUCGACGGAAACAGUAGUCCACGAUGUCGCGCGCGGAGAAAGAGGAAGGGCAAUACAUGAUCCGUACGAUCGAGCGCGCCAAGACGCACUACGACGUGUUCCAGCUCCCUGAUGACGCGGACGCCAAGACCAUUCGGACGACGAUGCGAGAUAUGCUGCGCAAGAUUCAUCCGGACAAGUGCGGCAACGCCGGCCUGGAGGCGACGAAGCGCGUCAACGAGGCCUACGACGUGCUCAAGGACCCGGACUCGAGAGCUGCCUAUGACCUCGAGCUCCGCGAGCAGCGCGAGCAGCGCGAGCCGCCCAAGAAGCCGAAGGCCAAGCCAAAAGCGAAGCCGGCCGCGAAACCUAAAGCGGCGCCGAAGCCCCGCGCGCCGCCCAAGGCCCGCUCGGCGUCGCCGAAGCGCGCCGCGCCGGAGGACGACGACGAGCCCGCGCCGAAGCCCAAGCGUGGCCGCAAGGCCGAGGCCGAGGCGCCGUCGCCGGCGCCCGCCGCCGCGCCCGCCGCCGCGCCGCGACCCUACAUGGGUAGCUGUACGUGCAAGGUCCUCACGCAGAGCAACUGGCCGUUGUCUUGCAAAGCGCGGCUCGCCCAGCAUUGCAACGCGGGCGACGUCGGGCCGCACGAGUGUUCCUGCGUCGACGCGCGGCAGACCUGGGACGGCACGGUGGCGUGCCGCGGCGACGACCACCUCUGCGUUUGCAACACCCACGCGGAAAGCAUGGGCGCGGCUUUUUCUAGUAUCGGCGCCUGCCGCGCGGCGACUCACGAGUGCUCGUGCGCCGGCAUGGGUCCGUUGAGUUGCCGCGCGACGGACGCCGCCCACGUUUGCACGUGCGAAGCGUCGCCGCACAAUUGCAAGGCUCAGGCGCGAAAGCACAAGUGCCGUUGCGUCGAGACGAAGAAUCCGGGCAUUUGUAGGGCGACGCGGCACGCGUGCUCAUGUAAGGAGACCGGCAAGCCCGCCUCGUGCCUCGCGGCGACGCACGACUGCACGUGUCCAAACCACGCCGGGGGCUGGGGACGCGGGACCGCAAAUUGCCGGGCCGACGACCACGAGUGCACCUGCCUUGCCGGCGGCGUGAAGACGUGCCGCGGCGGCGACGACGUCGUGCAUGCGUGCACGUGCGAGGCGCUUGUCAAAGGCGCCUGGCUGGACUCGAGAAGCCACACCGCUCCCUGCAAAGCCCCCGAUGCCGCGCACGUCUGCGUCUGCGGCCCUCAGGCGCACCCGUAUUACGAGUACUGCCGCUCCGUCCGCGGUGCCGUGCCCCGGCUCGCGCAGGCGCCACCGCCGCGAGCGCCGCCGCCGCCGCGGGCGACGCGCGCGCCACGGGCGCCGCGCCGAGGCCGCGGCAGCCGCCCUAGCGACCCCCAGUAUGUCCCAGACAGCGACGAGGACUACGACGACGACGAAUGA